AAGACAAACCUGCUCCUGCGCAGCUGAGUCACUCAGCUCAGGCUGCUGUAUUGUGUUGUGUCGUCUGAGAGGCUGCAUCCAUGUGAGAUGCAGAGGAAUGAAGCUGGCACAGCGCCAACUGCAGUCUGCACACCGCACUCCUCAAAUCACGCCUCGCUGGCUUCCCCUCUAAUUGGCUCCACACAAGCCACCGUGGAGAGCUCACCUGUUUUAAUUGGACUAUCGCGACAAGUUGUCAAAGUGACGUCGAUGCGACUGCUCGGACACUUUGUCAAAGGGAUAUCACAGAGAGAAUAACACAGGACCUCAGUUGGGCACCGAAAAGGACUGCAGCAGCCGCACGACCGAGGGAAGUGCUGCCACCAGGCCAACCACACCAGACAGGCUGUGAAUGGAUGCAGGACAGAGACACAGGCUGAGCGUGUCGAUAUGGACCAGCGAUAACAGCCUGCUGUCAUAAACCAAAUGCUUUGGGUGCUUCAUCUUUGAUCUCCUACUUCCACAGAAGCGCACGGACAUUGACUUUUUUUACGCGCAGGUAAAAACUCCACAAUCGGCUGUUUUUCCUCUCUUGAAGGCAGUGCUGGAGGCAGGAGCUGCUCCAUCCUUAUUCCUGGCAUCGGCUGGCACGCUGACACCAUCAGCAUUGAAGCUUGUUUUUUGCGCAAGUGGUCGGUGCGCCCCUGCUUUUGGAGCCAUGGGUUGUACGGUGAGCGCCGAGGAUAAGGCUGCCGCGGAGAGGUCAAAGAUGAUUGACAAAAACCUCCGAGAGGACGGAGAGAAGGCAGCCAGAGAAGUCAAGCUGCUUUUAUUAGGCGCUGGGGAGUCUGGGAAGAGCACCAUCGUAAAGCAGAUGAAGAUCAUUCAUGAAGAUGGCUACUCAGAAGAUGAAUGCAAGCAGUAUCGAGCAGUGGUUUAUAGUAAUACCAUCCAGUCUGUGAUGGCCAUUGUCAAAGCCAUGACCAGUCUCAAGAUAGAGUACAGCAACCCUGGCAGAGUGGACGAUGCCCAGCAGCUCUUCGCCCUGUCUGCAGCUGCUGAAGAACAGGGCAUCUUUCCCGAUGACCUGUCCAACGUGAUCAGGCGAUUGUGGGCCGACAGUGGCAUACAAAGUUGCUUUGCACGGUCGCGAGAGUACCAGCUCAACGACUCCGCAGCAUAUUACCUGAACGACCUGGAGAGGAUAGCUAAAGCAGAUUACAUCCCCACCCAGCAGGAUGUGCUGCGGACUCGAGUCAAGACCACUGGCAUUGUGGAGACUCACUUCACUUUCAAGGAACUGCACUUCAAAAUGUUUGAUGUGGGCGGCCAGCGCUCGGAGAGAAAGAAAUGGAUUCACUGUUUUGAAGGAGUCACAGCCAUUAUUUUUUGCGUUGCGCUGAGCGCUUAUGACCUGGUGCUGGCUGAGGAUGAGGAGAUGAAUCGAAUGCACGAGAGCAUGAAGCUGUUUGACUCCAUCUGCAACAACAAGUGGUUCACUGAGACAUCCAUCAUCCUCUUCCUCAACAAGAAGGAUCUCUUCGAGGAGAAGAUUACUCGCAGCCCUCUUACCAUCUGCUUCCCAGAAUACACAGGAGCCAACAAGUUUGACGAAGCCGCCAGUUACAUUCAGACCAAGUUUGAGGACAUAAAAAAAAAAAAGGAAACAAAAGAGAUCUACACCCACUUCACGUGUGCUACUGACACCAAGAACGUGCAGUUUGUCUUCGACGCCGUCACUGACGUCAUUAUUAAGAACAACCUGAAAGACUGUGGUCUUUUCUAAAGGAAAACGCCCGGCGCGCACAGACUGCAUGAGAGACUGCAACAGCCAUGUGAUGAUUACAGCUUUUCAUAAUGAAAACCAUAACAGACUUGAUUCCUAGAGGGGAAACCUUACAGAAGUUCAACAAUCACCGAUUUGCAACCAUCACAUUCCCUUGUCAAUUGUGUUAAUUUUUUUUUUUUUAAAUAUAUUUCUUACUGCUCUUGAUCAGGGGUUCUCAUAUUAUUCAUACUGAGUGCCUGUAAAUAGAUAUUUGACCCAGGACCCCCUUAUUGGUUUUUAAAUUAGAUUUGUAACAUAAAUUAUAUUAUCCGACUGGCUUAAGUGGAAAAUAAUUGUUGGAAGAGGGAAAGUUAUCAUAAUAAUAACCCAUUAUCUCAUCAUGCCACGUGGCGAAUGAAAAUGCAGCAAAAUUAAAGUAUUUGUCAUCCUCAAUAGGCCGUCAAGGACCAGUUUGAGAACCACUUUUAAACGGUAGUUGUUUGAUUUGAUGAGUCUCAUUUUUUUGUAUUCAGAUCUCUUUUUGAGUUUUUUAGGUUUUCAUGUUAAUUUCCCUUAUUUGCUUUUAAAGUUUAGUAAGAAGAUACAGAACAAAAGAAUCAACUUUUUAUAAAAAAUCACAUUAACUUAUGUUAACUAAUGUUGGCAUUUUAUGAACCUUUUGACUGCACAGAGCUUAUUUUUAGAAGAAAACAAUCAAGCAUGGAGAAUGAAAAUGGAUGAAGGGAAAAUGUUUUUUGUACAAUGUUUACACAGACUCAAUAUUCACGGUUGUACUAUAGUGCAUUGUUCUGCAUGACUGUCCAUAGAUUAGCUUGUACCCGCCCACAAACUGAGUAACAUUCCUUAAGUAACUUCUCUGGAGAAACAAAACAGAAAUGGUUUAUGUGUCACUUUUAAGAUAUCUGCAAGAUUUUUAAGUGGUUAUGUCUGUUCCUAACAUGGAUUGUUCUGUACUAUUUGUUCCAUUCAAAGUCUUUCUACAUAUGUUUGUGCCUUGAUAUCCGUUUACACUUGUUCAUUAGAGUCAUGCUAUCUCCAUAGUGUGAAUUAGGGCUAUUUCUACUCCACUUCACUUCACAUAACCCAUGAUUUAGGAUGCACCACAACACCGAGACAAAUGGAUGAUAGUUGUUCAUUAAGAUAAAAGUCAUUCACUUGUUAAAUGUAAAUAAAAGUUUGCUCACAUGA